CGAGGAUUCAGAGGGGCUGUACGGUAGAUCCGCGCCCGCGAAACGUGUCAAAAGAUAUGUCCGCAUCUCCUGCGCCUCCGACCUCCUCCCAAUCGCUCUGGUCCCAGCUUGGUCGUCAGCCUUGUAAGGAUCCACAUAGGCGGCACUAUUUCCAUCCAGUUCCCGACCCUUUCCCCUUGGACGCUGUGGAUGCCGAGACAAGCUUUGCCAUAUAUAGUCUCUCUGCUUGCCCCUUCUCUUCCGUUGGUGCAUAUCUCCCGAAAGGAAAUUUACUCGUUCCGGGGAUCAAUGUGAACCAAAUCCCCCUUUCCUGGUGCUCUUGACUCCGUCAGCAGCAUGUCUACAGCCGUCUCACAGCCAAACGGCUCUCCGGCGUUACGACCCCGUACACUUCUCGCGAACAAGACCCCCGAAGAUGCCACCAACCUACAAACUCUAGAAAAAGUCGGUAUUGAUUCGAGUGGUCGCUCGACUCCUAUCUCCGAAGAUGCCCCCCCUUCGCAACAUUCGUUGUCGACUGCACGAAAACAAGCCCGCGCUCGAAAUCGCCUCUUCUACUCUAUCGAAUAUGUCCCCCGAGUAUCCCACUUUGACCCGCAAAGCGAUUAUCACAACUUCCGCGGGUUCUUCACCCUCUUUUGGAUCGCGUUGUUUAUCAUGGUGGUGACCACGGUACUUCGGAACAUCAAGGAUACGGGAUAUCCGCUGAGAGUGAGGGUGUGGAACAUAUUGUCGGCCAAUAUCUGGUCCAUGGGAUUUAGCGAUCUUGCCAUGGUGACCACGAGUAUGUUGGUGUUACCUCUCCAUCGGCUGUUCCGGAACAGUAGCGGCUGGCUGCGCUGGUCGAGAGGCGGCAUAGUGGUGCAGAGCAUCUUCGAGGCGGCCUGGCUGUCGCUUUGGAUCAACUGGCCGUUCAUGCUGCGAUGGACCUGGACUGCGCAGGUCUUCUUCACCCUCCACACCUUGACCUUUCUCAUGAAGAUCCACUCAUACGCUUUCUACAAUGGACAUCUCAGCGAAACUGAGCGCCGACUUUCGUCGCUCGACAAUCCAGGGUCGGUCUCCAUGGAUGCGGCCGUUCGCUAUCCGGAACCAACUACUCGUCGACCUGUCACCCGCCGACCAAGCGGUCACUCCCGAUCCCAGUCUAUCGUAGAGCUGCGCGAGGACCUCGCCACCGAGCUGACCUCGCCGCUGGGCCGUGUCACUUACCCUCAGAAUCUCACUCUCCUAAACUAUGUAGACUACAUGUUCUGUCCCACUCUGUGUUACGAGUUAGAAUACCCUCGGAGCAAGCAGAGGCGGUGGACCGAGAUCGGAUUCAAGACGCUCGCUGUGUUUGGAUGCAUUUUCUUACUGACUCUCACGAGUGAAGAGUUUAUUCUUCCGGUGCUGAGUGAGGCUAACAGCCAGCUGCACACAGUGAGCAAUGUGACCGAGAAGGCAUUGAUCCUCGCCGAGUCCAUCAGCAUGCUCCUGUUCCCAUUCAUGAUCACCUUUCUACUCGUCUUCUUGGUCAUCUUCGAGUAUGUGCUGGGCGCAUUCGCGGAGAUCACCUGUUUCGCCGACCGUCACUUCUACUCCGACUGGUGGAACUCCUGUGACUGGCUCGAAUUCUCCCGCGAGUGGAACAUCCCUGUCCACCACUUCCUCCGCCGACACGUCUACUUCAGCUCUCUUUCGCGCUUCUCCAAACCCGUUGCCAUGUUCAUCACCUUCUUGGUGAGCUCCGUUGCCCACGAACUGGUCAUGAGCUGCAUCACCAAGAAGCUCCGUGGCUACGGAUUCAUCGCCAUGAUGCUCCAGCUUCCCAUCGUGGCGGUCCAGAAGUCGAAAUUCUUCCGAGGAAAAACCACCCUCAACAACGUCUUUUUCUGGCUCUCCAUGAUCUUCGGUCUUUCUUGCAUGUGUGCUCUAUACGUUCUUGUUUAGAACAUCGAAGAAGCCAGUGCCUAUCGACACUACACUUGUCGCUUUUCCUCUCCCUGUCCUAUAACCACCCCUUCUGUACUAUAUUCCACUCGUUGUGUAUUCUACAUACGUAUAUAUACAUAUACCCUGCAUUGUAAACCACGUUGUGCUGUUUACUCGCUACAUUACAG